AAGCUACCCCCAGCCAUGCGCAAGCGGCUCUACAGCCUGCCCCAGCCCGAUGGGUCCAAGGCGUCGAUCAUGGACGAGGAGGGAGACGGCGACAAGGAUACCCGCAGGCGGAGCAUCCGCCUCAAGCCGUUGCCCGCGGCGGGGGGCACCCGGGGAGACGCCGGCCCGGAGCCGGGCGCCAAGAGCAGCACCAACGGGGACUGCCGGCGCUUCCGCGGCAGCCUGUCCUCGCUGGCCAGCCGGCACCCGCACGACGCGGCCGAGGGCACGCGGCUCAUUGGGGGCGAGGGGGAGGCGGCCUCCCCCGGCGAGGAGCGGAGCCCCCCGGGCGGCGGGGAGCCCGAGCCCCCACCGGCCCCCGCCCCGUCCCCCCCGCCGGAGCCGCAUGCCCUGCCCGCCUCCGCCUCCAUCAAAGUGGAAGGCGGGGCGGGGGGCGACCAGAUCACCCCGGACGAGGAGCUGCAGCUGGGCCAGGCCGGCUUCAUGCAGCGCCAGUUCGGGGCCAUGCUCCAGCCGGGGGUCAACAAGUUCUCGCUAAGGAUGUUCGGCAGCCAGAAGGCGGUGGAGCGGGAGCAGGAGCGGGUCAAGUCCGCCGGGUUCUGGAUCAUCCACCCCUACAGCGACUUCAGGUUCUACUGGGAUCUGACUAUGCUGCUCCUGAUGGUGGGAAACCUGAUCAUUAUCCCCGUGGGCAUCACUUUCUUCAAGGACGAGAACACCACCCCAUGGAUCGUUUUCAAUGUGGUCUCAGACACCUUCUUCCUCAUCGACCUGGUCCUCAACUUCCGGACCGGCAUCGUGGUAGAGGAUAACACCGAGAUCAUCCUUGACCCCCAACGAAUUAAGAUGAAGUACCUGAAGAGCUGGUUUGUGGUGGAUUUUAUCUCCUCCAUCCCCGUGGACUACAUCUUCCUGAUCGUGGAGACCCGUAUCGACUCAGAGGUUUACAAGACUGCCCGGGCUCUGCGCAUUGUGCGCUUCACCAAAAUCCUCAGCCUCUUGCGCCUGCUGAGGCUCUCAAGGCUCAUCCGCUACAUCCACCAAUGGGAGGAGAUAUUCCACAUGACCUAUGACCUGGCGAGCGCGGUGGUGCGGAUUGUGAACCUGAUUGGAAUGAUGCUGCUGCUGUGUCACUGGGAUGGCUGCCUUCAGUUCCUGGUGCCCAUGCUGCAGGACUUCCCUGAAGACUGCUGGGUGUCCCUCAAUCGCAUGGUGAAUGACUCCUGGGGGAAGCAGUAUUCCUAUGCACUGUUCAAGGCGAUGAGUCACAUGCUCUGCAUUGGCUAUGGGCAGCAGGCUCCCGUUGGCAUGUCAGAUGUGUGGCUCACUAUGCUGAGCAUGAUCGUUGGUGCCACCUGCUAUGCCAUGUUCAUCGGCCAUGCCACAGCCCUCAUCCAGUCUCUGGACUCCUCACGGCGGCAGUACCAGGAGAAGUACAAACAAGUGGAGCAGUACAUGUCCUUCCACAAGCUCCCCGCUGACAUGCGCCAGCGGAUCCAUGACUACUACGAGCACCGCUACCAGGGCAAGAUGUUUGACGAGGAGAGCAUCCUGGGAGAACUGAGCGAGCCCCUGCGUGAGGAAAUCAUAAACUUCAACUGCCGGAAGCUGGUGGCAUCCAUGCCGCUGUUUGCCAAUGCCGAUCCCAACUUUGUGACGUCCAUGCUGACCAAACUGCGGUUUGAGGUGUUCCAGCCGGGGGAUUACAUCAUCCGGGAGGGCACCAUCGGCAAGAAAAUGUACUUCAUCCAGCACGGGGUGGUGAGCGUGCUCACCAAAGGCAACAAGGAGACUAAACUGGCAGAUGGCUCCUACUUUGGAGAAAUCUGCCUGUUGACCCGUGGCCGGCGCACAGCAAGCGUGCGAGCUGACACCUACUGCCGCCUCUACUCCCUCUCGGUGGACAACUUCAACGAGGUAUUGGAAGAGUAUCCCAUGAUGAGAAGGGCUUUUGAAACAGUGGCACUGGACAGGCUGGAUAGAAUUGGUAAGAAAAAUUCCAUCCUGCUGCAUAAAGUCCAGCACGACCUCAACUCUGGUGUCUUCAACUACCAGGAGAAUGAGAUCAUCCAGCAGAUUGUGCAGCAUGACAGAGAGAUGGCACACUGCACUCACAAUGUUCAGGCCGCGGCCGCCGCAGCUGCAGCUGCAGCUUCCACACCAACCCCCGUCAUCUGGACUCCACUGAUCCAGGCGCCCUUGCAAGCUGCAGCAGCCACCACUUCAGUAGCAAUAGCUCUGACCCACCACCCACGCCUCCCGACGGCUAUAUUCCGUCCUCCAGUGUCUGUCUUGGGUUCCUUGGGGCAGCCAUCCAGCCAGACACCGAGACAACUGAAAAGGCUUCAGUCUAUUAUACCAUCAGCUGGUCCUUCUGCCGUAGGUUCUCCAUCCAGCACGCCAUCCCAGCUGCACACUCCAGUAGCUGAAACCCCUUCAUCAUCUUCCUUCCAAAUCCAGCAGCUGGCAGGAUUCACGGCCUCUGCUGGCUUAGGCCAGUUCUAUCAGGCCUCGGUUGGAUCUCCUUCCCCUGGCUCAAGCCAACAGUGCUUGGGUGGCACAUCAUCAUCAGGAUUAAACCAGUUUCAACAGGCACCUUCAGGGUCUCCUUUAGGGACAGCUCAGCAGCAGCCACUUUCCAGCAACACUCCACCUAGUGGGUUUGGCCACUUUCAGCAGGCCACCACUAGCUCUCCAUCUACUUCCUUCACCCAGCUCUCGUCAAACUCACCUAGCAAUCUUCUCAACCAAUUCCAGCCCACCACCCCCAGGCCACCGCAGGUGGGACAGUUACAGCCACUCACGGGAAGUGGAACUUUGGGAGGAAUGAACCACUUUCAACCUCCUCCUUCUUCCAGUUCUCCAUCCUCUAGCUUAAGCCAGCUGGCACAAGCCUCUGGAGGCUCCCUUUCAGCGCUGUGCCAAAUCCAACCAAGUGCAUUAGGUUCUGCAACUGGGAUGAUAGGCCACCAGGAAAGGUCACCUUUUGCCUCCAUGUCUCCACUGCAGCAGCCUGGUGUAGCCUCCCCUUGUUACACCCCUUCUGGCCUUAGUCCUCCUAGUCAGAGCCCAGUGGCCGCAAGAACUUUCCAGUGUGGCCCUGCCAGGGCCUCCGGCUCUCAUGGAUCUUUGCUCAUGCCUCAGACCUCCAGCCUGCCUCCACUGGUCCUUCAACCCAAGAGCUCUCCACAUUUGCCACCAAGACGCCUGAGCCAGGACAUCAAGUUGAUUUCUGCUUCCCAGCCAUCUUUGCCCCAAGAAUUGGCUCAGACUCUGAGCCAAAGCUCUCCUCUUUCCUCUAGAGAGUCUGUUCUGAGCUUCUUUCCUUUCUCUGGGGGAGGGUCUGAACUUCUCGGGAAGCCGUGUAGCUCUAUUCCUGGGCGUAUGACUUUGCCGCGUCAGAUGUCCUCAGGUUCUCUGCCACACCCACUAGUGUUUGGAGCCAGUGCUGUCAUUGCUCCCUCCCUGACUGCUGGUGGGAGGAAAGAAUCUGUUGUGCUCCCUGGGGAGCUAGAACCUGUCAGAUCCAAACUUCCCUCCAAUUUGUGA